AUGGCUGAAAGAUCAUACUCCAAGGACCAGGAGAUAAUAGUGGAAAGAAUAUUGAAGCACAGAAACCAUGAUUACUACAAAAUAUUAGACGUUCAUAAAGAAGCCACUGAUGUGGAGAUCAAAAAAUCUUAUAGGAAGAUUUCAUUAAAAGUUCAUCCUGAUAAGAAUUCUCAUCCAAAGGCUGCUGAUUGUUUCAAAUUAGUGAAUAAGGCUUUUGAAGUCCUAGGGGAUUCUCAAAAAAGAUCAAUCUAUGAUCAAACUGGUUCUGAUCCUGAUCAAAGAGGCGGUGGUAUGGGUGGUGCUUCACCAUUUGGAGGGGCUUCGCCAUUCGGUGGUCCAUUUGGUGGCCAACAAUUUCAAUUUGAUAAUGAUUUAUUCGAUAUACUAUUUGGAAAUGCUCAUGGUACAACUUUUACAUUUGGUGGUGCAGGUGGUGGACCUCAAACUUAUACAUUCACUUCAGGUGGUGGACCAUCGCCUUUUGGAUUUGGUGGUAUUCCAAGACAAAGACAACAAAGAACACGAACAAGACAACAACAACAGCAGCAGCAACAACAACAACAACAACCUGAAGACAUUUUCAACACUUUAAAACAAUUAUUACCUUUAUUUGCUGUCUUAAUAAUACCGAUAAUAUCAAAUAUAUUUGCAGAUUCUUCUUCAAAUGUUGAUUUCCAAUUACAAAAAAAUUCUCAAUUUAAUCAUGAAAGAAUAUCUUCAAGAUUUCAUAUACCUUACUAUAUACCUUCAAAACAAGUUGAUUUAUUAAAUGAGAAAAAUUCCAAAAAAUUGGAUAAAGAAGCUGAACAAUAUUAUGUUGGAGUAUUGAAAAAUCAAUGUAAUAGAGAACAGAAUUUUAAAGAUGAACAAAUUAAUGAUGCAUUUGGUUGGUUUUUCCAUGAUCAAGAUAAAUUAGAUAAGGCAAAUGCCCUAAGAUUACCAAGCUGUGAGAAACUAGCCAACUUGGGACUCUUGUGA